AUGACUGUCUCUCAGCACCCCCGUCGCUUCAGCCAGUACCAGGCCCUCUCAUUUGACUGUUACGGGACGCUGGUGGACUGGGAAAAUGGCCUGCUGCAAGCCCUAGCCCCACUCCUGUCUCGACUACCUGAGGAUCACUCUCUACGUACCUCGACGGUAGAUGCUCUGUCCGUCUUUCAGAUAGCCAAGGCAGGCAUCAUGCAGCGCCACCCUACAAUGCUCUACACCGCAGUUCUACGCAAGGUAUACGAAGAAAUCGCCGCCUCCCUAGCGCUCGGAGUGACCCAGCACGAAGCUGAAGCAUUUUCCGACUCGAUUCAAAGAUGGCAAGCCUUCCCGGAUACACACGAAGCCCUACACCGACUAAGUCGCCACUUCCGACUGGCCAUCCUAUCCAACGUAGACAACGACUCUUUCCGUCAGACUCUCGCGGGCCCGCUCCACGGAGUGCAUUUCGACGUCAUCUGCACGGCCGAAGACAUCGGAUCCUACAAACCGGCGCAUCGCAAUUUCGAUCAUCUUCACUCCAAGCUCCAUGACCAAUUUGAGAUUGACAGGAGCCAGGUGUUGCAUGUCGCACAGAGCCUGGUGCAUGACCACGUCCCUGCCAAAGAAUUGGGGAUUGAUAGCGUGUGGAUCUCGCGAGGCAAGGAGCGGAGGAGCGGGAUGGGCGGGGAUUUGCAUGUAUUGCAGGAUCGGGUUUCUUUUUCUUGGAGAUUUGAUGGUUUGGAUCAACUUGCCACGGCAGUGGAGGAUGAGUGCUCUUGA